AUGUCGACCUACUCCCGCCUCGUGCGCUUCCUCCCAGCAUCCUCUUCGACGCCAGUCAUCGGCGAGCCGGUCAACGCAGACCAGGACGUCGGACUUGCGACCUAUGCCGGAGAGCCGGUCAAGGUUGAUGUGUUUUCGGGACAGUCGGUGCUGAAUCCUGGCGAAAGAACGGGGCGGAAGGAGACUGUCGGGAAGCUAUUGAGCCCAUUGUCGCAGGCGGAAGUCGGCACGAUCAGGUGUAUCGGAUUGAACUACCUCAAUCACGCUCACGAGGUCAACAUGGCUAUCCCAACUGUCCCCGUCCUCUUCAUGAAGCCGUCUACCGCACUCGCCGACCCUCAUCCCGCCCCAACCGUCAUCCCGAAGGCUUUCGUCAAGGACGACGCGGCAGACUACGAGUCUGAGGUCGCCGUCGUCAUUGGCAAGGCCUGCAAGAACGUCUCGGAGGAAGAGGCUAUGGACUACGUCCUCGGCUACACUGCCGCAAACGACGUCUCCUCGCGCGCAACACAAUUCGCUCAGUCGCAAUGGUGCUACAGCAAGUCCUUCGACGGUGCUUGCCCGCUCGGUCCGGCAUUUGUUCACAAGGACGCCGUCAAGAACAUUGCCGAGCUCAAGAUUCGCGGCUCGCUGAGCGGCAAGACGGUCCAGGAGAGCAACCUCGACGACCUCAUCUUCUCCGUCCCCAAAAUCGUCUCCUUCCUCUCGCAAGGCACGACUCUCCCCGCCGGAACCGUCAUCCUUACCGGAACUCCCGCCGGCGUCGGCUGGUCCGCUUCGCCUCGCAAGCUCCUCAAGGACGGUGACGAGUUCCGCGUCUUCGUCUCGCAUGGCGUUGGCACGUUGAUCAACAAGAUCAUUGAGGAGAAGUAG